AUGUCGGGGUAUACGCCCGACGAGAAACUGCGGCUGCAGCAGCUGCGAGAGCUGAGAAGGCGAUGGCUGAAAGAUCAGGAGCUGAGCCCCCGGGAACCGGUGCUGCCUCCGCGGAGGGUGUCGCCUGUGGAGCGAUUCUGGAAUAAAUUUUUGCAAGACGGAGCUCUCUGGAAGAACGUGAUCUAUAAGACAUACCGACACAGUAUCUUUGCUUUUACUCAUGUACUUAUUCCUGUCUGGAUUAUUCAUUAUUAUCUCAAGUAUCAUGUGACUACAAAACCAUAUACCAUCGUUGAAAAGAAGCCCAGAAUAUUUCCAGGUGAUACAAUUCUGGAGACUGGAGAAGUAAUCCCACCCAUGAAAGAAUUUCCUGAUCAACAUCAUUGA